AUGAACGCCAUCACCAGUGCCAUCAUGAGCAACUCGAAGCUCAACGUGACGCUCAUCAAGAUCACGGAUGCCACUCCUGACUCCUUUGUUAUGUCCAUCGAGGCCGAGGUCACCGGUACUGGGCCCGUAGGCGCCACCAUCGCCGAAAUGACAGUUGAACUUGUCGGCCCAGGCGGCGCCUUCGGCAAGCUGGACCUCCCCGUCAUCAAAACCAGCUCUUCGGGGGCUAAAGUCAUCAUCUCCAGCCAACACAUCAAAAUUUCGGACAAGGCCGCUUUCAAAGCCUUCGUUACCGCCAUCCUGCGCGACGAGUCCCUGGUCCUCAAGCUCCAGAACGGCAAGGCCCAAGUGAAAGCCAUGGGCAUGAAAGCCGAGAUCGACUACAACAAGGACUGCCCCCUGAAGGGCAUGAACGGGCCCAAGACGUCCAUCUCGAAGACCGUCGUCGAGGGCGGCUCCUUCAAGAACACGCUGGUGGUCGAGAACCCAUCGCCCCUCGAGCUGGACCUGGGCACCAUCCAGCAGGAGCUGCGCAACCAGGACGGCAGCGUCAUCGCGACGCAGUCGGGCAAGGCGUACCUGUCGCGGGGCCAGUCGACCUACGACGUCGAGGGCAAGCCGUCGGGCAAGGCGGCCGGGGCGUCGGCGACGCUGGUCGCUACCGGCGUGGCCGAGAACAACUGGCACAACGAGACGAUCCAGGCUUUCCAGGUGCCCGUCACGCUCCCUGCCGAGCUGGUCACCAUCUGCGCUUGA